UUUUCAUAUUCAAUUUUGCACGUGUGAGAAGAAAAUGAAUUUUAGAGCUCCUUAUUAUAAAGAAAAUUAAUUGAUUUUUAGUAGUGAUUUUUUGUUUUAUGUUCAGUGAAUUAUUAGUAAGCAAUGCCACGAAAAUCUACAGUGGAAGAAUUAACCGAACAACCUGCUGCAGUAGGCUCACCAGUGAGAAGAUCCACCCGUUUGAUUAGCGGCAAUGGAAAUGGAACUCCAGGAAGAUCAGCACAAACAACAGAAUCCAAUCCACCUGCAAGAGUUUUAAGAACCCGUAGAGCUUCUGCUCAUGACAUUGAAGAAGUCGAAUCUAAACCAGCCCCGAGAACCAGAAGAACAUCCACUUUAGCUGAAGAAGAACAAUCCAGUAGUACUCCAGUUAGACGUGGCAGAAAGCCCUCAGUUACAAAAGAAUCGGAAGACCAAGAAGAAACAGUCAAACCUAAAAUAGUACGUGGUCGCAGAGCUUCCAAUACUAGUGUGGAAGAUCCUGACGAAAAAACUCUAAAACCUGCUGGGGUUAGAACUAGGAGAGGUUCAGCCAAUGUAGAACCUGAAUCAAAAACUCCUGCAAAACUUACUUCAAGACGUGGAAGCUCUGAAAUUGCUGCUACUGAAGAAGUCUCUACCCCUGCUAAAAGGACUACAAGAGCUAGAAAAAAUUCCGAUUCUGUUGAGAUUAUUGAAGAUACUAAACCAGCCACCAGGGGACGCAGAAAGUCAAUAACGCUAGAAGAAGAAGGCAAAGUUGAGGAAAAAAAACCUGUUGCUAGAAGAAGCCGUAGAGCUUCUUCAGAUAGUUUGGCUUCAGAUACAGGACCAGGAACACCAACACGUAGAACAACUAGAAGAAGCUCAAUUAAUCAGGAAGAAGUUUCUCCAAUAGUAGAAGAAGUUUCAAUUAAAAGUGUACCUUUUAAAAAAAGGGGAAUCAUUGAACAAAUAGAAGCUGAUCUAGAUUUGAGUAUUAUCAAUGAAAGUGAUGAUGCAAUUAUUAGUGAAGUUGAUCAGUCAAAAUCUAUAAAUAUUAGUCCAGCAAGCCGUAAAAGAUUAAGUACCAUAAAUGAAAUAGGAUCGCCAUUGAGAAAAUCUCCUAGACUAAGUCCAAGAGUCAAUUCUCCAACUAUUAUAAAUCUAGAUGCAUCAGCUGAAGAAACCCAAGUGACCACUACACAAAUAUUUGAAGAAAAAUUAAAUACUUCUCCAGGCAGCAACAAGGAAAACAUAACUGUCAAUGAAAUUUUGGAAAGAUCUGUUCAAACACCAAUAGCAUUCUCUGCAAGAGUAUCAAACGUUUUUAAACCGAAUCAGAGAGAAUACAGCUUCAUGGAACCAAUGGAAGUUGAUCAAACAAUAAAUCAGUCACUGGCAUUGGAAAAAAGUCUAGUUGCUUCUAAUUCUCCAAAAAUUGUUGCAGAUUCAACUAGCAACAAUAAGCCAAUUUUGAAAAAAUUGAGUGUUGUUCUUUGUAAUGUUGACAAACUUGCCACUGAAUUAGAUGUUGUAGAUUCUACUAGCAACCAGAAAAACAUUAAUGCUACAAAUAGUGAUCCUGAGGAAACUGAUGAAAGUUUAAUUGUAUUUGGUGAGGAUCCAGCUGAUUCUGCUUUGAGUGGAAUUUCUUUAAGAGUAAUUACUGAAAAUGAAAAUUCGUUAACAGACAAUUUCUUACAACCAAAAGAAGAGGUUGAAGAUACUUGCUCUAUAGCUGCUUCUGAAAUAAAUUUACUAGAUACGCAGGAACAGGUUUAUGUAAAGGAAGAAAUUGAAGAAUUUUUGACAUCUGAAGUUGCACCAGAAGACACCAACAUUGAUAUUUGCCAUUUGAGCACUCCUGUUGUUAGUCAACGCAAAUCUAAAAUUCCUCAAACUAGACAAUCUCUUCAAAGUAAAAAUAAAAAUGAUGACAUUCAAAUUGAACAGAAAACACUUGUUGUUGAAGAAUAUUGUAUUAAAGACAAAGUUCUUGACACUGUCGAAGAUUUAAAUACUAAAAAAUUAGAAAACCAAAAUGUUAUUCAAGAUGAUGUUAGUACUAGCAACAAAAAUAAGGCAGAAGAGAAUGUGAAAAAAUCUCAGCAAUUACUUUUUGAUGAGAGUGAGGAUGAAGAUGGCGAUAACAACAUAAAUGAAGCUUCAAAAGAAGGAAACAAGUCUGUGGAGGAAAUUGAAAUGGCUAAAGAAAGUGCCAAAAAACUAAAAAUUAGAAAACUAGAAGUUGAAAAAGAACUUUUUGAUGACAGUGACGAUGAAGUCAGUAUUAGCAACAUUAAUAAGACAGAAGUUAAUAAGGCUCAUGAAGAUGAAAAACAAGCUUCAGAAAAUAGAAACGAAUCUGUGAAGGAAAUUGAAAUGGCCAAAAAACUAAAUACUAGCAAAUUAGAGAUUGAAAAAGAACUCUUUGAUGACAGCGAAGAUGAAGUUAAUGAAGUCAGCAUUAGCAACAUGAAUAAGACAGGGGAAAUUAAAAAUACUAAUGAAGAUGAGGAACAAGAUUUAGAAAAUAGGAAUAAGUCUGUAAAGGAAAUUGAAAUGGCCAAAAAACCAAAUACUAGCAAAUUAGAAAUUGAAAAAGAACUUUUUGAUGACAGUGAGGAUGAAGUUAAUGAAGUCAGCAUUAGCAACAUGAAUAAGACAGGGGAAAUUAAAAGGACUAAUGAAAAUGAAGAACAAGCUUUAGAAAAUAGGAACAAGUCUGUAAAGGAAAUUGAAAUGGCCGAAAAACUAAAUACUAGCAAAUUAGAAAUUGAAAAAGAACUUUUUGAUGACAGCGAAGAUGAAGUUAAUGAAGUCAGCAUUAGCAACAUGAAUAAGACAGGGGAAAUUAAAAAGACUAAUGAAAAUGAAGAACAAGCUUUAGAAAAUAGGAACAAGCCUGUAAAGGAAACUGAAAUGGCCGAAAAACUAAAUACUAGCAAAUUAGAAAUUGAAAAAGAACUUUUCGAUGACAGUGAGGAUGAAGAUGGUGAUGUCAACACUAGCAACAUAAACAAUGCAGAAAAGACAAAUAAAAAUGAAGAACAAGCUUCAGACGAGUCUGCAAAGGACAUUGAAACAGCUAGAAAAAUUUCCAAAAUACUUUUUGAGGACCAAGAACAAGUUUCAGAGAAUGAUUGUGAAAUUGUUGAAGACAUGACUGAGCCAGCUCAAAAGGAAGAAGUUAUGACCAAUGAAAUAGUCAAAAAGACAACACCCACUAAACCAAGCCCAAAAGCUAGAAGGUCCUUGGACGAAUUUGCCUCAACCAAAUUAGCUGAAUAUUUUGAAUCAAAGACUGACUAUGUUGUAAAUUCUACUGAUGAAGAGGAAUCUAAUGAUGAUGAAGAAGAAGAGAACAGUUUUGUUAUUGGAAUGGCUGAAGAAGGUGAAGAAGACACUCCAUCUGAAGACAGCAACCAAAUAAUCGACCACGGUGAAUCAAUUGGUUCUUCAGAUUCGGUUGAUGAUGAACAAUCAGAUGACGAACUUGACUCCUUUAUAUGCGACGAUGAAGAUCCAGGUGAACUACUAUCGGGCGAGGAAUUCGACUUAGACAUUGAAGAGGAGAUGACAAAUAAAAAAUCACGCAUUAUGAAUAACGAACAGUUUGGGGAUGAAGAAGUUAUAAAAAUGCCUCAAAAGACUGAAAAGCCUAAAAGAAUAUUGACCCGUAUUAUUACAGUGAGUUCGUCAAGUGAAGAGGAAAUUGCUGAUGAACCAAUUAAAGAAGACAUUCAAGAUUCAGAAGACAACGAACAUGAGUCAUCAAACAGGAUUUGUGAAAUUCAAGAAUCAAAAUCCAAUGACAAUGUUAAUAAAGAAACAAGUGUAAAUGUAGACUUUGACAUUAAUGAAUCAAUUAUUUCUACUGGUGAGAAUAAUAAUUCUAAAGUUGAUGAAUUAAGGCACUCCUUAAAUGUACUGAAUCAAAGCAGGCACAGAAAAUCUUCCCUAACAAUCCAAGAAAAUAUUUUUGUUGAUGGAGCAAAAGAUCCAAGACUCACCCAAAGAAUAAAUUCUUUAGUUGAAUCGUUUUGUUCAAAUGUAAAAAAAGGUGAAGUUUCCUUGAAUUUAUCUCUCGAAUUUGAAAAUACUGGCGAGGAAGAAGAUACAGCUAAAAAUAUAAAUAUUUUAAAUAACGUUACAAUCCAACAAGGAACUACUGAUACAGAAAUUAUUGAUCAUGAAGAUGCAGGUCCAUCUGAAGUAGAAAACAUUGCGGAAGAAAACAUCAUAAACCAACCAGAAAUUACUGAACCAGAAAUUUGGGAAAAUAUUGAAGAAAUUAUUCCAUCUGAUCAUAGCGAAAUUAUUGAUGAAUUAAAUAAAACUACUGAACAAGUUGAUUUAAGAGAAGUGAUCAAUAGAAAACUAAAACGUAGAUUGAGCAAAAGCUUAUCUGAAGUCUACGAAGAAAAUAAAAAAGCUAAAAAACGCAAAAAGAACAAUGGCAAAGCAAAACCAAAACCCGAUUUGACUGAAUAUUUAGGAGCCACUUCUUUUGGUCUAAUGAACCAGUUGAUAACUGAUGUUAAAAAUCGCCCUAGGCGUAAAAUCAAGCCCAGUACUUCUGCAGUUGCAAAUGAAGCAUGGACUUCCACUGUGGUUUUGAAUUUAAAACCUUCCACUUCUGUGCUGAAAGAAGAAAAGAAACCUGUACCAAAACCAAAAUUACACCCAAAAGAUUUCAAAAAUCAAAUGCUGACAGACCCGAUAAGGGUGAGACGUGUGGAAACGAAAACUUUGUUGAAAAAGAAAGGAGCAUUUUAUUAAAUUAGGAUUAUUUUUGGUUAAGGCUUAUCAACCUUGUAUCACUUUUAUGAGCAAAAUGAAUGCAUGUUGUCUAUAUUUUUUGAGAGUAAGUGAUGCAAGGGUAAACUUAUAUUAUUUAUUUCCGUUUUUAUAACAAUUUUUGAUAGAAACUUUAUUUGUACUUUUUCAAUAAAAUUGGUAUCAUUUUCAAUUAAGGCUCUUGUUAUUGUAACCAAGUAAUUUGUUAUUUUUUUGUAUAAUAUUUUAUUCUUUGUAAACCACAAAUCAUUUUAAUUAUGCAUAUUUUUGUUUGUGG